GAUUUCUACUAAUCUAAGAAUUUUUUAGUAUUGAAAAUAUGGCAAAAUUAUUCUAACAUAUCUUACACAAUAUAAAAAUAAUAACAAAGUCUAUUAAAUAAACUUUAUUAAAUGGGUUUAAUUGAACAUUCAUUGUCAUCAUACCCCCAAAAUCAGCAUUUGGGGUAUAAGGAGCCGGGCAAUGGGGCCAUAAAAAAUUGUUUUUUGACAUAAAAAUCCCAAAACUACUUACAGUCCAGACCAUUUUCCUACCUUCAGGGGAAUAUUAUGACUUAAAAAGGUAGAAGCUGUUAAUAUGGAAUCAAAACCAAAAAAAGUACCUGAUGGUGGGUACGGCUGGUUUAUUGUACUAGGUUGUUUUCUGGCUCAUGUUAUCAUUGGUGGUUUGGAGAGGAAUGAUGGAAUAUAUUUUCUACAAUUUACAGAAAGAUAUGGGAAAAAUGCUCAGUUAACUUCUUGGCCAGGAGCCUUGGUGUCUACAAUUAGGCUCUUUCUAGGUCCAUUGGCGGGGGCCUUAAGUAGCCGUUAUAGUGUCAGAACAACUGUCAUUGUUGGUACUUUAUUCAUGACAUUGGGAACAAUGCUGAAUGCAUUUUCUCCAGAUUUUUACUUCUUGUUUUUUUCCCAUUCUGCUCUGCAAGGAUUUGGUAGAGGACUGAUGUAUGCCCCUUCUCUUAUUAUUGUUGGUAUGUACUUUGACAAACAUAGAGGCUUGGCGGCUGGGCUAGGGUGUUCUGGCGUUGGAGUUGGGACAUUUUGUAUUGUACCAUUCACACAAUGGCUGUUUGACACAUAUGAUUUUCAAGGUUCAUUUCUUAUCCAAAGUGCUAUUUCAUUGAAUGGGUUAGUGGUAGCUAUGCUGUAUCGGCCUCUCAGCUUACAUUUCAAAUUUACUGGACAGCAGAGAAAUAAAGAUCUGGAUACUCCAUUCGUGACAUCACUGCUAUCAGAAAACAAGGAACUUAAUGAACAAAUAGAUUCAAUUCAAGAUGGAUCUCCAGUUGAUGAAAAUAAUCAUUUACAAAUACCAUCAUUUCCUCCCAGACCACAUUAUGUUAAAAAAGAUGGGUGGUUAAAGUCUUCCCUUAAGAUUUGUUUUCCAAAAGAAAACAGAAAGCAAGAAAAAGAAAAAUUUAGGCACUUGCUUCAUUUAUCAUUACUGAAAGAUGCCUCCUUUAGUUUGUUUUGUGUUAGUAUUAUGCUGUUUACGUCAGCUUUUAAGGCAGCCUUCACAUUUAUUCCAGCCCUCGUUAAAAGUAAAGGCCUUUCAGAUAAUGAAGCAGCCCUUGUUUUAUCUUUGUCUGGUGUGUUUGACACUUUAGGGCGGAUAGUGGCCGGCAUUAUUUUAGAUAUACCAUCACUACGUCAGUUUAGACCAGUUGUCUAUAACUUUUUUGUAUUUUGUUUAGCAGCAGUGUCCUUCACCAUGCCAUUCUUUUCUAGUUUCUUAUGGCUAUGUGUGUUGUGUUGUGUAUAUGGCACAUUAAGUGGAGCUUACAUAUCCCAAAAGUCAGUUCUUGUUGUAGAUAUCCUGGGGGUUGAACAUCUAGCAAGUUCAUUUGGUCUCCUGAUAUGUUUCCAGGCUAUAGGGACAUGUGUGGGGCCACCACUCUCAGGUGCUUUCAAGGAUGCUUUUGGCAGUUACGAUGAAGCAUUUUACUUAGGUGGAGGUUUUAUGAUACUAGCUGGUCUACUGAUGGUCCUGUGCAACAUUUUUCUCAGGAAAAAGUACCAAAUGAAAAACAAUACUGAAAUGAACUUAGCUUUAGAAGUCAAAAAAAGUAACAGCUGCUAAUAAAAAUAUGUUAAAAUAACAGUGUGAUAAGUAACAUUUUAACUUUGAUUGUAUUUAAAUGCCAUGAAUAGAUUUCCAUAACAAAAAAUUUGAGAGCAGACAUAAAGAGCCUAAUAAUUAUCACUAGAAAUUGACCUACAGUUCCUUCAGAUGCUUUUUUAUCCAAGUGAUGCUUGAUUUACAAGGACAAUAUCUUGGAAUAUAUUUCAAUGUCUUUAUUCCCAAACACAAUACCUUUAUUGUGAUUGUCAUAGAGCUAAUUAAACCUGUUGUGUUUUGUAUAUAUUUUAGAGAACCAAUUGUAAUCUUCCAUUGUUUUUGUAACAUAACCAGAAAUUAUUUACAUUGUUUUAAAAUGAAUAUCACCUGUGAUGUAAAAUAACUGUGAUUCCAUGAUUAGUGACAUUUAUUUCAAUUUACCAUUAUUUUAUUAUUGUAAUUAAUCUCAAUAUUUGUCUCUGACUAUUUACAAAUGGCAGUUUUGAUUACUCCAGAUUUAUUAUUAUAUAAAAUUAUGGACAAAUGUU